GCGCACUGCGCGCCUGCGGGCGCCCGGCUGGCCCUGCGGCCGGCAUUCGUGCCCCAGCCGCCGCCGUGACCGCACGCGAUGGCGACCGCGCCCUGACGCGACCCGCGACAACACCGACCGCCGACACCGCCCGUACGUGUGUGCUGUGACUAUUUCCCGUGCUACAUACAAAAACAUGACUCGGUCAAACGGCGCAAUGGCGUCGCCCACAUAUAGCUUAUUGCUCCUCGCCUUCAGCUUCGUCAUUUGUAAUGCAGGUCCCUUGCCAGCGAACAUCACGAGUGCCGACCUGGGAUUAAAAGAAGGAAGCUGUGCACUAGGCGACGUGGUGUACAUGCCAGGGGACGAGUUCCCGGGCGCCAGCGCGUGCGAGAAGUGCAGCUGCUCGAACGGAGACGUGCAGUGCGCUAAGGAGCGCUGCGAACCCCGGCCCGGCUGCAAGGCGGUGCACCGGCCCGACCACUGCUGCCCCACCUACCAGUGCGAGUGCGAGCAGGAAGGCCGCAUCUACGGCAACGGGGAGAAGCUGGUGGACCCGCAAGACCCGUGCCGCGUGUGUUACUGCCAAGGCGGUGAGGUGGUGUGCCGCCGCAUCGCGUGUUUCGUGCGCGACGACUGCCGCCCGCGCCGCGUGCCCGGCCGCUGCUGCCCGGAGUACGACAACUGCCCCGUCAGAGGUGUGACAUCAUUGCCUGGCAUGACUCCAUCGAUUCCGAAUCCAUCUUCAGUGGCUGAAAUCGAACCGAGUGUUGUUCCUGCUCAAUCUGUUGAGCCAGUGAUGCCCGAAAUUACUAUCAAAGAGAUAACGCCCGUGUCCGAAAUUCCUGUUAUCACCAACGUUAAGAUAAAAGAAAUACUACCUUCCCCUAGCAUUGAAGUUGCGGAAUAUUCGUCGUCAAAAUCACCACUUAUUCCCAGAGAAGCUACGUCGGAGAAAAGCCCAUCCAGCGUCGAGUCAAAUGAAAACGUAGAGAAAUCUGAAACUAAAGACGCAUCAUCUCUUUUAACAGAAUUGCCUUCAGUGUCAAACGAAAAAUCUGCUGAAAUUAAAAGCAAUGAUGACCCAUCUCCAUCCAAGAUAAGCCUUUCUACUCAACAAGAUUCUACAAAUAUUUUCGAGCCUCAAAUUCCUAGCAUCAUACCAUUGAUGGGAGGUCCUUCUAUAAUAUUGCGCCCGGAACCCUUAACCACUAAAGCUCCAGUGAUCGAAGAAGAGGAUUUGGAUCACAAUCCAGCAUUUCCACCGAUUCCUGAUGAUUUAUUUUUAGUUGUAGGCAAUCAUGAAGAAGAAAUAAUUUCUGAGCAAAAUAUAGAAAGUGAACAUGUGCCAAUAGACCACGAGGACAUAAGUGUAUCAAAUGUGCCAAUUUCUACGGAAGAACCAAUUUUUAAGGAAUCUAGUGCUACAACAGGCAGUUUUAUUUCAGAAGCUGCCCCGAUAACAAAAGAUAUUGCACAAGAUACGAUUUCUGAGUAUAGUACUCUCAAGGACGUAGUUAGCACUGUACAACCAUCAUUAACAUCUAGAGAAAACUCCAUAUUAAACAUGAGGUCAGUUAUCCCAACAGAGAUUUUGAAUGCUCCCUCAUUAAUUUCCGAUGACGUCACUGGUGACUUUCUGGACGUCACUGAAAGUCCUGUUACAGAAGGAAAUAUUGGUGAGGACUUGUUUUCUACAGAUUUGUCUGAAGCUGAUGUCGCACCCAAAUAUUUCAAUAACGAAAUCCAGAUAAAUACUGAAGAGAAUAUUUCCGAAUCCAAUUUUAAUGAAACUACUACCUCUGAACCUUUACAAAAUACAUCUGGAAACAUUGAAUCUAUAGAUGAGCCUGGUCAUCAAACAAGUACUUUAUCUAAAUCAACAGAAAUAAUAUCAAGAACUGAAUUCAGCUCAAUACCAAUAGAAACUAGUGAUCAAAAUCCACGCGAAACUUCAGACAAAGAUAAUAAGGAUAAAAUGACUGUUUCUACAUCGGAUUAUAUAGAGGAACCAUCUUCUACAACAUCAUCGCCUUACACUGGUGAAAUCAACACUGAAUCUAAGUCUAUUCCAUUUGAAAGUGAUAUACAAUCGCUUGAUAAUGGAGAAACCACAGAAUUUAUUCCUGCACCCUUUAGCUCACAAGAAAGCGUGACAGAAGACGUCGAGCUGAUUAAAGUUUCAUCAGAAAUGGAUAAAAGCUCAGCUAUAAUUGAGCCUCCUCGUGCAAGAAACAACAACGUCUUAACAGAUCUUAUAAACUUGGUUGGAGAUGUUGCAUCCAUCAGUGAUCACACAACUGGACCUAAUUUGGAACGUCAAACAUCAAGCCCGACUACUAUCUCUGACUCUGAGGAAUUGAUACCAGUCAAUGUUGCCGCUGGUUAUAAAAGUAAAAAUAAAAAUUGGAACUUAAAUUCUAUUACUGAAAUACCAGUAAAGAACAAAGUAGUGGUCCCUAUAGUAAAACAAAAAGUUGUUGAAAUUGAGGAUGACUCCGAUACUAUUACAGAUUCUGCUUCACCAUACGACAAAGUUGAACCGACGACAAAGACCCCUAUAAUUGAUAACGUUUCAUAUGAUGCGUCUGAAAGUAAAACGGUCAUGACAAAUAGAAAAGACAUAGAAAUUAUAACACAAUCUUAUGUUCCAACACUCAACAGGCGGCCAACUAAAGUCGUUAUGAAAAAGAGCAAUGAGAAACCAGUUUCGGAGAACAACAGAGAAGACGUAGCUACGUCAACAGAGAUAACUCCUGAUAGCAAUGUCAACGCGUCUAAUGAAGUUGCCAGUACUUCGGAUGUUAGUGCGACUGAUUCAGACGCCGGAGAAACAAUUGCAGAAGAGACCACGGAGUUGCCAACCACAGCUCAGUAAGCGCCCGUUCGAGCUACUGUCGACGGAACCUCAGCUUCAGCAUUUUGUAGUUAUUAAGUUUCGUUCUUGAAACUAUAAGUUACGUAGAGACUAUUAGGUUUAUUGAUUACGAUGACCUUGUCGGUUAAUUUAAUUGUCAAUUGAUGUCCCUGCAGCGUAGCGCAGAGGGUUUAUAUUUAUAUAUUUAAUAUAAGUAGACGCCAGACGUUCGGUUGAAUUUAUUAAUUGUAUUAGCUGGACAAAUUAUUAUUUAUAACAUUUAGAUGAUAGUGUAUCGCGGGACGAUGUUGAGCGCGAGGCACAAUCGCAACGCGACUUCUAAUUUAAGAAGUAAUAGCUUUUCGUGUUAGCAUAAGUUAUUUAUUUUAGUGACAGUAACGUGAGUAGAACGAUUGAUAAGUAAGCAACUAAGCUAGUCAUCCUGUGACACCGGUGGCCACCCUCUGCCCCGUAGAGCAGUGUCGGGCUGGCCAUAAAGCCAGGGUGGUAUUCGGAAACUUCCUACCUGCACACGAAAAAGAAUUAAAAGUGCCAGCGAAAAAAGUUCAGAGUAUAAAAAUUCAAUGUAAAGACAGUAUAAUUGAAUAGCCGCUACUACUAUUUUGCCUUAAUUAGGUGACAAGUUCUCGACGUUGACGAGCAAUAGGAAGUUAAAUAAAAAACUCAACUUAAAGGGGAAAAUGGGACGCCACUUUUAUUCCUCGUUACAUAAUGCCACCCGGCCUACAUAGGGUCAGUCGGACUCUGCCGUAGACGCCACGUUGCCAUUUCCACUAGCUACUCGAUCCAUGUCGUGAAGAUCAUUCCGAAUAGACGUAGUUCCUUUAAGACAGAGUGAGACCAGCCCCUUGGUCACCGACGCGGGACCGCAAUGCUCCUUCGCGAACGAAUCAAACAAAGUUGGUUGGUACAAAACGAAUUUGAUAUUCAACCUUAUGAAUAGUUCUAGUUCAAUUAUUAUAAAUGUGAAUGCACAUAGCCGUUAUUUACUGCACUUUUUAUGAUAUACCGAGAUGAAUAAUGAAGGAAAGCUUUUUAUUCCUGAGAAGGCUCAAAUAUGUUGUAAGCGUGUUUGAAAGCAUAAAAAUAUUUUCUGGACAUACGUUUUCUUAACUUCUUCAUGUGUUGGCUUUAUUUCCGUUGUUUAAUUUCGGGUCAGGCCAGCAUUCGGUCCGGUCUGUUUCACUAAGUUGAUCCUGGAUGCUUCUUCUUGCUCCGGAAGACCUUAUCUUUUCCCGGGCAAUAAGCGCAUGUGCUCAUUUGUAUUUUAUUUAAUGGUAUUGUUUUUUUACAAAUAAAACAAAUUAGACUGAAAAAAA